AUGAGCAUAAAUGUUGCGGUGAAUCCAGGGCCACAUGAGCGAAUCGUUUUCGACAAUGGCAAUGUCACAGUAACACUGACCAACUUCCAGGACAAGUCGGUUAUAGUGGCUACUGGAAGGCUAAGGCUGUCCAACUCCCGUCUGACCUUGGAGGCAAAGCCAGUAACCUAUCGGGUAAUUGGCAAAGGCGAUCGCGAGUUCCGAUCGUUGAGCGCUAGCAUUAUCGUCAAGGAUGGUGGGGUUAAAGAGUCACGAUUGGUUCAGCCGUGGUUUGGGCCUAAAAAAUGGGAAGCGGUCCUGGUCCCUUCAAGCACUUCAACUCUGGAGCCUCGAUGUCCUUGGGUGCUUUCCGUAAGUUUCAAUUCAGGUGGCGCUUUUGAGUUCACACAACAGUUCAGUGCACUUGCAUCGGCCGCCUUAGCCGCCCACCAGGAGGGCAUUGACGAAGUUUUGCCGCCCUACCAGCCGUGA